CCACUGCGCAUGCGCAGCGCACACCGUAGGUGAAAGCAUGGCGGACAAGGAGGGCAAAGCGGCGGGUCAGCCUGAAUUCGCUAAGAGGAUCGACCCAGCGAAGGAGAGCCUGAGCCGGGAGCAGCUGCAGUUCAUCCGCCAGGCCGAACUCGCUCAGUGGAAGAAGAGAAGCCAGAAGCUCCGCGGGAGGAACAUCAUAACCGGGCUCGCCAUCGGAGCUGCGGUGAUGGGCAUCUACGGCUACACGUUCUACUCCGUGUCCCAGGAGCGGAUCAUGGACGAACUGGACGAAGAGGCGAAGGCGGCUGCCAAGUACCGAGUGCCAAAGACUGGAGCGAACUAAAGUCAGAUGAGGUUUUGGGGACAUUUAGAUACAAGAGCUGCUCCUCAGUUCCUCCAGCAGCUGUUGGAGGAGACGUCUCUUCAUCCAGCUUCUCCACCGCAGUCUCUGACGUGGACAGUGUCUUCUUGAUUGAAAUGUACAGUAAAGAAUUGAAUCUUCUGCUGAGGCUUCAGUAACGUCAUACAGCCUGACAGCCACUAGAGGGCAGUGUUCUACUAACAAUAGAGAUGUACAAACAAAUAAAUGAUAUUUAAAGGGGAAAUUCCACUGAUUUUUCAGAAUUUCUGCAGAAUUAACUUGUUCAGAUGUAAACAGAGUUGUUCAGAGUGGUUCUAGAGCCGUUCUAGGGAAACAUAGUUGACAGUGGUGGUGAUAGGAACCAGAUGUCCACCUCAAAAAGCUCAAGUUAUUACGUGAAAUGGUAACAGAUUUACUGUUUGGGGUUGUUUCUUGAGUGUUGUCAGGAGGUUUUGGCCUAAAAUGAAAAAAAAAUAUAUAUAUUUUUCAGAUUUUCCAUCACCAACAUUCCAUAUUAAAGGUCAGAGGACUCAUGUAGGUUCACUGGUGGUUUUGGAUGGUGAAUAAAAUGGCUAUAUUGGUGUUGGAGACAUUGUGAUGCCUGGUUCCUUCUAUCACUAUAAAGAAAUUUCUGCAUAAGACACUGUUUUAUGAUAGUUUUGAGGAGAUUUUGGCCUAAAACUUAUGUUUAGAUUACAUUCAUGGCAGAGGGUUCAUGCAGGGUGUCCACAUCUAACCUCACAUCUCAAUGUAAGUAAAUUAUGAUGAAUUUUGAAAAAUUGGUGGAAUUUCCCUUUAAGCAACCGCCUUCAGCUUGUGCAGGCUUUGAGGUGAAGGAGAGAUGGUCCAUAUCCAGCUGUAAAGAUUGUGAAGCCUUUAUAUGUUAUUUAAUAAAUGAUGUGUGCAGUAAUCAGUUUAUCUUGGAGAAAAAAAUGAACAAAUAAAAUGUUAUUUUUAAUUUUAUUGUACAAAUACAA